AUGGUGCAAGUGUCGGUGUUUGGUCCUCCGAAGGGGUUGCCGUUUCCCCGGUUUGGCGCGGGUUUGACAGAGGAUGAGACGAAGGAGUCCUUCCUCGACCGCGUGGAGGUUUCUGCUUGGAGGAUCGUUGGAAAGAUCUCAGAGAAGGAAUAUCUCCAGCGGAAGUCUGCGCUUGGGACGAUGCCCCGUUUUAACCGUGUUUUUGAAGAAUUGGGGAUUGAGUAUGAGCAUUAUGUUAUUCCUCCGGAUGUGUUGCUUGGAUUGGAGAGGAAGAAGGAUUCUUCCAAGGCUGUUGCCUUGGCAGAGUCAAAGAAGAGGAAGGGUGGUGGUGCUGUGAAGCAGCUCACAAAGAAGCGCAAGGCGGAGGUUUUGCUGGAAGCUCCGGUUGAGUCUUCCUCCGCCCGCUCCUCUGCUGCCGAGUCUAACUCGGUGGUUUCUGCGCCUGCGGAGGUUGAGAAGGUGGUGCCUGCUGGUGGAGGUCCUGAAGUUCAAGCCUCCCGCGCGGUCUCUUCUGUGCGCGCGCCUUUCGCGUCGCUUCUUGGGGAGGAGUCUUCCGACGCGGAGGCCCCUGGGGCGAGUCCUGCGCGGGAGGCGAAUCCUGAGUUGGUGGAGAUUCCUGCGCGGGAGGCUGCUGCUGGCGGAGGAUCUCCGCCGAAGGAGGUGCAGGUGGAAUCUAGUGAUGAUGCAGAGUCUGCUUCUGUUCGUAGGAUAAGGAGGGCGGAGGCUCCCCUUCGUCCGGCUAGAGAUGCGGAUGUUUUUGCUAGGCUGGCUACCGCGGAGGAGCUGGCUAAAGGCGCCAGCAUUGCGCAGGAAGGUCUUGCUGUUCCUCCGCGGCGUGAUCCUGCGCGUUCUGCGUUGGCCAGCAGGUCUUCGCCUGCUGAUGUACUUGGUCCUGGUGCUUCUGAUCCUUCGAUCACAGAGAUCGUUUCCGUCAGAAGCUCCGCAGCAUGGACUUUGACACGUUACUUCGCGUGCAAUAUGAGCACCAUAGCCUUUGCUCUAAAGAAGGAGAACGAGACCUUGGAAGCCGAGAAGGCUCGCCUGUUGGAGGAAGUUAGGGGGUUUUCUUCCAUCCGGCGGGAGAUUGAGUCCCUGAAGAAGGAGAGGGAUGAUUACAAGGCUGGGUCGGAGGUUCUGAAGAAGGAGAAAGAAGAUGCCGAAGCUGCAGCAGCUGUCCUCCGCACGAGUGCCACUGAGGCGGAGAGGGCUAGGGACUUAGCCCUGCAGCGAGCUGAAAAGGCGGAGGACAUUGCUGACCGCCUUUGCAAAGAGCUUGAUGCUGAGCGGAUGUCUGCGGCUGAGCUGCAGACUCGCGUGCAGAAGGCGGAUGCGGAGGCUGCGGCUAUCGUUGGACUCUACGCCGAGUCGCUUGCUCAGUUCGGGGGUAGUACUUCUGCUCCUCCGCCAAGUGAUGACGUUGGGGCUAGCCUCGCAUGGCUGAAGUCUCAUAUUCGCAUGCUCCCUGACUUUGUCGGGGGUGCUGUCGAUUUUGGGGCUUUGGCUGCGGUUAGCUCCUUCGCCAAGCUUUUGCGCCGCGGAGGUUGCUCUCACGCGGAGGAAGUUGCCAAGGAAGAAUUUUCGACAGCGGAGGACAUUGGCGAAGGCACCUCUAGUCUGCGCAAAUCUGUCCGGAACUUUAUCAGUUCGUUCUGGAUUAGGUUUGGGCGGGCUGAGGCGAAGAAAAUGGCGGAGGCUCGUCGCGCUGAGGAGAUUGCGAAGAAGAAGGCUAAGGGUGACAAGGCCGGUCCUUUGUGUCCCCCUAGCGAGGCGCAUCCUGCGACUCAAGCUGGUGCAGAGGUUCAUGAGGCUGGUGCUAAAGCUCCUGAAGGAUCUGGUGCCAAGGCUUCAGAAGGACCUGAAGCUCCUGCUCCUCCUCCGCCUCAGUUGUCGUAUCCUAUCCUCCGCAUCUUUGGCGAGGAGGUGGAAGAAUCUUUUUGGUUGGGGGAUCCUGAUGACAUGUAUGAGCGUUUUUUGCCUGAGCGCGCGGAGGUUGUUCGAUCCUCUCCUAAACGUGAUGUUCUUCCUCCGGGUUUUGUCGAAGGAAGCUAUGUGACUCCAGUGACGUUCAAGCGGGGUGAUUUGUUAGAAGUUAUUGCCAAGUUAUGGAUGGUUGUUGUGAUUGUUGUAGUAGUUGGUUCUACUUUGCCUGACUGGGGAUUAUCGUAG